AUGGUUUAUUUCAGUCCGCGUGGCAUGCAGGAACCGUGUAGCCCACCAGGAAUGCCGAUCACAGCGAAGAGUCCGACGAUGGAGGGGUCCGUCAGUGCCGAGAUGGUGGUGCCGGCCUCGGAGGAGCCGGCUUCCGACACGGGGCGCCCGACGACCCUCGCCAAGGCGGAACGUCCCCCGGGUGGCGUCGGCGUCACGCUCAAGUUCUCGAUCGCCAACAUAAUGGGGCGGGACGAGGAUCGGGAGGAGCGACGGCGCGUCGAGGACCAGCGGCGGAAGCGACACGAGGAAGCCGACGACGAGGAAGCGGACGACGAGGACGAGGUGCUGGAUGUGGCCAGCCCGGACGAGUCGUUCGAUGCGUCGUUCGGGUCGGCCUUUGGCCGGAAGCGUCCGGCUCGCCACAGUCCGGAUCCGAAAUCGAUGAGUCCGCUGUCGGCGGCCGGAUCCAGUCCGUGCUACGAGCUACCGGCCGCGGUGUCGGUGGCCGAAGCGUACGACUCGGCGUUCAAGAAGUACGUGCCCAACUCGAUGCACCCGUUCGUGGCCAACACUCGCCACCAUCAGGAGCUGCUGAGUCAGUAUCCACUGUUGUACUAUCCGGGCCAGUUGAUGUGCGCGGCCGCUCAGUACGCAGCCCUGACUCAGCAGCAUCACCAGCAGCAGCAGCAGCACCAUCAUGCGGCCGUUGCAGCCCUACAUCCUUACCCGGCGGGCCCUGCAGACUCCGCAGUCAUCCGGCGGCUCGAAAGCCCUACGCGAUCUUCACCGCCGCCGACGGUGGUAGCUCCUGGGGUGAUGCAGGGUGGGGCGGCAUCCCACCCACCCCACGGUCAUCCCCUGAACGGACAUCACCUGCACGGGCAUCCGCACGGGCAUCAUCACCAUCAUCACCACCACCAUCAUCAUCAUCAAUUGCUGUCGGCGGCUGCGGCGGCUGCCGCUGCAGCCGCUGCAGCAGCCGCCGCGGCUGAUCGAAGCAAACAGUCACCACCGGGCGGAAAGCGCGCCGGUGGCGUCACGGCCGCCACCUCCACCGUCAGCCUGAACCUCUCGACCAGCAGCACCUGUUCGUCGAUCAGCUCGAGCUCGAGGACGACGGGUUCACCCGGCGCCCGCGAAGUACAUUCCCCACUGGGAAGCGGCGGCUCCUCGGCGGCAGCGGCGGCUGCGGCGGCCGUGUUGGCCGCGAAGCAGAAAACGUUCGCCUGCCCCGAGUGUGGCAAGGUGUUCAACGCCCACUACAACCUCACGCGGCACAUGCCGGUCCACACGGGCGCCCGGCCGUUCAUCUGCAAGAUCUGCGGCAAGGGCUUCCGGCAGGCGUCGACCCUGUGCCGGCACAAGAUCAUCCACACGUCCGAGAAGCCGCACAAGUGCCAGACAUGUGGCAAGGCGUUCAACCGCUCGUCCACGCUGAACACGCACACGCGAAUCCACGCCGGCUACAAGCCGUACAUCUGCGAGUACUGCGGCAAGGGCUUCCACCAGAAGGGCAACUACAAGAACCACAAGCUGACGCACAGUGGCGACAAGGCGUACAAGUGCAGCAUCUGCAACAAGGCGUUCCACCAGAUCUACAACCUCACCUUCCACAUGCACACCCACAACGACAAGAAGCCGUUCACGUGCAAGAUCUGCGCGAAGGGCUUUUGCCGGAACUUCGACCUGAAGAAGCACAUGCGCAAGCUGCACGACGUCAGCAUGGGCGGCCUGGGCCACAAGAGGUCGCGGUCCGGUGGGGCAUCGCGGGCAGCUCUCGAGGCACGCCUGGCAUCGCCCGACAGCUCCCCGAGACCUCCGUCGAGACCUCCAGCCGCCUCUCAGCAUCACCAGCACCAAGUGCCGCACCUGCAUCACCCCGGUCUGCAUGGACCCCAUCUUCACGGUAGUUCCCAUCCACCUAUCCACGGCCAGCAGCAGCUACCGCCACCAGCUUCAGCCCCGCACCACACCGUCCAGUCGGACCUGCAGACCCACUCGUCCCAGCUGACUGGGCCCUGGGCGAGCGCCUCGUCACUGGCCGCCCUUCAUCACACGGCCGUCGCAGCGAUGCGUAAUGGAGCCGCCGACUACGCCAGUCCCUUCCUGAUGCCCAGCUCCGGGCGGCACCAGCGAUUGGUGGCCGCCGCUGCCGCCACCGACGGUCCGUUCAUCGGGAAGGUGUUUUGA